AUGUCUUUGGAGACUGGUAAGCUAGUUCCAGCCGAACCCUCAUCAGGACUCUUUGUCAAACCUCUAUCUUCCCAUGAAAUCAUGUGUUCCACAAGGCAAGUUGCUGGAAUCAGAUUUGGGGAACCAAGGCCUAUUCCAAAACCUAUUGAGGUGAUUGGAAAAGGGAAGGAUGUUGUUAUUGAUCAUGAUGAGGAUAUUUUUGAAGCAACAUGUAUCGUCAAUCUUAUGAUGGAUCAGGCUAACAUCAUUGCUGCUGAAAAGAUAGAGAUCUUCGAUACUUGGGUCCUGAACAGAAUGUCGAUUAAAUAUGAUGGGGUCAUCAAAGGCAAAAGGCAUAACCAGACAAUGGUUAAAGCUCGUCAGCAAUUAGAAGAGAGUCUUGAAAUGCCAAUUAGAACUAAUUUCAACCCUCUUCAGAAGAGUGCUAAAGCUGAAGAGAAAGCCUUGAAAAGGUUAGACGAGAUUAUGGAGGAUUACAUCUCUGUUGUUACCAGAUAUGUUCAUGGAGCAAGUUGUUCAGGGGUCAGUCCUUUUGAAAGCUCUUCAAAUGAAGAUGAGAUCAUGGACCUUUCCGAUGACUGUAAUGUUGAUGAAGAUGAGCAGGCUGAUGCUCUUCUUAUAGAAAUGAGAAUUUUUUCAGUAGAGGAAAAACGUCUAAUGGCUCAACCUAUAAUGGAGAAAAUUGUGGAACCCGUUCAAACAAAUCCAUCUAUCGAAGAAGAAGAGGGUGUUCAAGAGCCUGUUCAAGCUCUUGUUGCUCAAGAAAAGGAAGUGGUUGAAGAGCCAGUUCAAGCUCCUAUUUCCCGUGAAGAAGAAGUGUUAGAGUCCCUUAUUCUUGAAACAAAGGCAUCACAAGAGAAAGAAGCUGAAGUUAGAAAAUUGUCCGAUAUAGUUCACAAGGUUUGUGAAGUUGUUUCAGAAGAAGAAAAAGAAAAAUCUAAAAGUGAUUUAGAGAGGGAUGAACCCGAGAAGUCCAUGCAAGUUCAUACUCACAUCAUUCCUAUUCAGACCGUUCAAGCAGACUCGCAAGAAAUAUCAUCCAAUGAAGGAUCUUCGGUUGAAGGUACAAAGCUCAUAAAGUCCAUGUCUACUUUGAUGGCAACUCUUCAGAAGAAUGUGGUAGAAAUGGGAUCUAAUAUGGUGAAAAUCAUGAAGACCCAAAAAGAGGACAAGAAAGAAUUCGCUGAUCUUCAUAAAACCCACAAAGAAAUGGAGCAGACGCUAAAGAAGAACACGUAUGAAGUUCAUAUGGUCAACAAGACAUAUUCCAAAUUUGAAAAGAACCUCUUCAAGCGACAAUCCGAGUUGCUUGACAUUGAAAGAGCAAUCAAUGUUGAUCUUCAACGUGAGGUUGUUGCUGAGAAAGAGAAAAAUCACAUCACUCAAGGUGAAGACUAUAGUAGAAGAAGAGGUGGUGGUGUUUUAACUAGGACCAAGUCCAAGCGAAAGCCAACUAGUGAUGAUAGCGACGGACCAAGUAAAAGAGGCGGAGGUCGCAACGGUGAUUGUGGUGGCAGAAGCACUAGUGGUGAUUGCUGUGGCAGAAGCACUAGCGGUGAUCGCGGUGGAAGAAGCACCAGCGGUGAUCGCGGUGGCAGAAAAACUAGUGGUGAUCGCGGUGUCAGAAGCACUAGAGGCGACCGUGGUGGCCAAAGUGGUGGAACUGGUCGUGGUGGUCGUUCUCUCCCUCCUUUUCACAACCUUCUGACUGGUGAGGAACUCAGCUAUGAAGGAUCUCGAUUCCCAAUCGACCCAACCAUAAAAAGGGAAGAACAAUAA